AUGGCGGUCUUUUCUCUCCUCGACAACAACUGCGACAAGGAGAACAUCCCGGUCGAUUCUCUAUCACUACAUCCUGCUGUGCCUAAUCCUGCGGUUCUUUCCAGUAAGAAGAGGAAGUCGAGAACGCCGCUCGAGGACAUCACCAAUAUGCUCCGCCCGGAACUCGCGCCGUCGUCGGAGGACGGCCGAUCAGGACCCGACACGUCUUCUCUUUCGAUGCGGGCGUGUUUGGCCUAUCAGGCGAGCAAUCGACGCAAAAGGGUCUGCACUUUGAAUUCGAGGCGUUCGAGUCCAGCUGCCGAGACUCUGAGGAAGCAUUUCAGAUAG